GUUGUUCUACUUGUUAUAUGCGUUGUGUUUCAGGUAGUAUGAACAUGUGUAGUUCAGUCAGCACAACAGUAAACGGGUUUGUGUACCUCCAUUCCCCGGGAUUCCCAGACAGUGUCGGUGUGAACGGUAGCUGUGUUAAGAGGAUCACAGGGCAGGAUAUACGAGUAACAUUGGUAGAAGAGAGGACAACGACAGGGAGUCUUAACAUCUCAGGUGACGGGAGACAGAUGUGGACAAGCGUGAACGUAGACCAAAACAACAGGGUGUUGCCGGGAACAGCUGCUGAAAUAGUAAUAGUCUACGAUAACCAUGAUCAGAAAGGGUCAAAUGUAUGGAUACGUGUUUCUGCUUCAGGUCAAAUGAACAUAACUUCUAGGCGACAAACAUUGGAAUCAUCAACCACCCCAUCACCCACGCCACAGGCGCCAUCACGUUCACAAGGUACAACCAGUCCAUGUACUUUGGACACACUGACCACUGCAGCAACAACAAGUACACCUUUGACAUCUAUAGAUUCACUAACUACGUCAAUAGCCACAACGCUACGGAUAUCCAACGCCAUCACUACACUGUCUGAAAGAACUACCUAUACUACUGCUCCGGGAUCAACCGACACAAUGACAUCCCUUACCUCUACAGCCCUGUCAUCAACACACACAGACAAUGGAAGUAUUGUUUUACCCUUAGCAGUGGUGUGUGGUAUCAUGGGUCUCAUCAUCGUGGCGCUCAUCAUAUAUAUCAUGGUAAACAGGCUAUCCAGGAACUCGCACGGUAAUUCAUCUAAACCUGAAACGUCAGUUCAUUAUGGUGUGCAGAGCAUCCCUAAUGGGUCCCAUCGAGAAGAUGACCUUAUUCCCACCAGUGGCACCACCAACACAUAUUCUGGCCUCAGCCAUGAUGUUGAAAGAAAUAUCUACAAUGUAAUACAACGUAAUGCAAGUGAAGACGGUGACGAGCAUAGCUACGGUCACAUAAACAGAAGUGAAGGACCUUCCUACGUCAACUCGGUCAGUGGAGAUGAUCCAUACAUUAACGACUAGAGACUAACACACAAGCUAGUGUUUCAGAUUGUUGCAGCAUAUAGUACCAUUAUUCGCAGGUAUAAGAUCAGUCAGUGCGUAUUUGCACUUAUCAAGUAUAACAUGUAAAGUUGAUGUUGUCUCUAUAUCAUGUUCGAUAUAUACUCAAAGCCAUUGAAACCGCACUUCAGUGUUCAGAA